AUGUUCUUCGCCGCUGGACUUCUUCUCAUUUCCCAUUUGGUAGCUGUGUCGCUAGCAGACUGCUGUGAUGCGCAUUUCGACUUCACCGAUGGCAAAUGGAUUUGCGCAGAUGGUACUGUGGCUACUCCUGCUGUGGAAAAGGCCCAUGUAAUGCCUUCUGCUGCGAUUGCGUCUGUCGACGCCGAUGGUUCUGGAGACGUGGAUUUGGGAGAGUAUAUUGCAUGGCUGAAUGAUAAUGUGGGCCAGGAUCAUCCAGUAUCGCCCAGCUUUUAUCAAACCUAUAUCGACUAUUUUUAUUCAUUUGAUACGAAUGGGAAUAAAAAGCUUGAUCUAGGUGAGGCUCAGGGUGCAACAUAA